UUUACUGUUAUAGUUUAUGAAUAUUUACUUAAACAUCAUUUUUGCUCAAUUUUUCAUUCAAUGCAUCAUUUGUAACAUUUCUUUUAGUUUGAUUCGAAAAAACAAUACUCCAUCCAAACAUGGGUCUGAAAAAAUUUGCAGACCCUCACUCACAUAAUCAUUCGCGAUCUUUUUGUCUUUUAAAUCGCAUUUGGCGUCGUAAAUUUUUGCUCAUAUCAAUCCUAUUGAUAUUUUUGAUUAUUACAAUCAGUCUUACAAAUUCACGAUUAAAUGCAUUUUCAUCUCUAUUCUCACCGAGUCACAAGUUUCAUUCUAAUCAACAACAGCAGCAAGGUCAGUUUUUGACCGAUUCCAAUAAAGUUAUUAGCAAUAUUCUCAGUGGCGAUAAAGAGAAUUCACAAUUCAUUCAUUAUGAUAAAAACUUCAUGUCAAAUAGACAUAUGACAAUUGACAAUGACAAUUUACACAGACAAUCCGCAGUAUAUAUACAUCCACCUGGUGAUGAUAAUACACGAAAAUCUUAUAUACCGAAAAAUCGUUUCGUACAUUUAGAUCUGAAAGGUGCACCUCCAAAAGUGGAAUAUUUACAAAAAUUAUUUCCGUUUUUGAGACGAGCCGGUGCUAAUGGAAUCCUUUUGGAAUAUGAGGAUACAUUUCCAUAUGAUGGUAAAUUUUUACAUCAUGCGGUGGCUGAUAAUGCUUAUUCUUCAUCGGAAAUUGAAGAUAUAAAACGUUCAGCAAAAGAAAAUAGCCUCGAAAUUAUCCCAUUAGUUCAAACCUUGGGACAUUUAGAAUUUUUUCUUAAGCUUGAAAAUUAUCGCCAUUUGAGAGAAAUGGACGAAUUUCCGCAAGCUGUUUGCCCAAGUCGAAAUGAAACUUAUGAGUUAUUAACGGCCAUGAUCGAUCAAAUAAUGAUCGCACAUCCUGAUUCAAAAUGGCUACAUAUUGGCUGUGAUGAAGUAUAUCAAAUUGGUAUUUGUGAUCUAUGUAAACACAAGGAUCGUGAUGAAUUAUUUCUUAAUCAUGUCAAGAGAAUCGCAACUUAUGUAAAAGAAAAAUAUAAUGUGACAUCCAUCAUUUGGGAUGAUAUGUUGCGACAGUUUUCACCCGAUUUUGUCAAAUCCUAUGAUCUGGCAGAGAUUGGAGUUGAACUAAUGAUUUGGACUUAUGUUGAUGACAUUUAUCGUUUUAUUCCUACUCAAAAUUGGAUGUUUUAUGCCGAAUCUUUUCAAAAAAUUUGGGGAGCUAGUGCCUUUAAAGGAGCUUUUGGCGAAACAUUGACUCUUCCUAAUAUAAAAAUGCAUUUGGAUAAUAAUAUCGCCUGGCUGCAAGCAUUAGAUGAACAAGCACGUAAUUUUAAGGAAAUUCGUGGUCUUGUUAUUACCGGUUGGCAACGUUAUGAUCAUUUGGCUACACUUUGUGAACUUUUGCCUUCUGGUCUUCCAUCGUUGAUCCUCGAUCUUUUGACUGCCACUAAUGGAAAAUAUGAAUCAAGAUUGUUGGAAAAAUUUCAUCAUCUUAUGAAUUGUCCUGAUCACAUUGCUAAUGCCUAUAAUACGAUGGGCAUACGAUUAUUCACACAGGAACCAACUUUUUCUCAUCUCACUGAUUGUGAUUUUCCCGGAUCAAAAGUAUUUCGACUUAUGCAAGAAUUUGAAAUUAUUAAUAAACGUGUUGAUGAUUAUCUUUAUGAUGUAACUAAGCAUAAAGCAUGGCUUACGGAUUAUAAUUUCAGACACAAUAUAACAAAUCCGUGGCGAAUCAGAGAAGGUCUACAAGAUUAUGACAGUGUCAUGGAGGAACUAAAAUCUUUAGUCAAAGUGGCAAUCAGAGCUUUAGGCGAAAUUUAUGAUGAAUCAACUGUAUAUGAAUGGAUUGAAGAAAAACUUUAUCCACAAUUAUUACGAAUGGAAAAGUUUCAUAAUAAAACAAUGAAAAUUCAAAAACUUCGCGUUUGGCCACGAAGACCAAUUAAACCUGCUGUUGGUUUGCAACGUUUUAUUGAUAAAAUAAAUGACUACGAGUGAGAAUUGAUUGACAUUUCAUCACCUUUC